UUUAACGGUCCAAAAAUAAUUGUUAACUAAUAACGUUAAUCAUAACUAUCUCUUAAAUUAUUGACUGUAUAAUUUACAGAGGAAUUCACGGUAAAAUGUACUCGCUAAAUCUCUUAAUGCUGGUUCUUGGACUUGCUAUUCGUUUGGACCAAGUUGUCAGUGAAACAAGUUGCAUCUCGAAUGCAGGCCAUCCUCACCUUUUAUUUUACUCUGUUUUCAUCAACGCGUCUGAAGUAGACUUCGAUGUUCCUUCGACGGUUCCUGUUAACGCCUCGUUGAAUACAGUUUUUAUUAUACACGGAUUCUUGAGCCAUGCGACGAAGGACUGGGUAAAUGACACUGUAUCAGCUCUUUUGCGAAACCAACCAAGGAAUAUCUUUGUGGUUGAUUGGAGAAUCGGGGCUUGUACCGAGAGCAGUAAAUACCUGAUUUUGAAGACUUACGGUGCAGCAGCUGGAAACACUAAAGAAGUCGGCCAAUCCGUUUCCAGAUACAUCGAAAAGCUCGUCAACAAUUAUUCUAUUCUCCCGAAGGAUGUGUGGAUCAUAGGACACAGUUUGGGUGCUCAUGUCGCGGGAUUUGCAGGCAAAGAUCUUCAGUUACGUAGGCAAUGGAAACUCGGACGCAUUACAGGACUCGAUCCUGCUGGACCCAAUUUCAGAGAGGUAGCCCCUACCGAUCGUCUAGACAAAAUGGACGCUGCGUUCGUUGAAGUGACGCAUACAUCUUCGUUGCUUGGUCUUCAGGAACCCGUGGGGCAUGUCGAUAUUUAUUUUAAUGGUGGCGAAUUUCAGCGCAGCUGUUUACUCAGAACACCUGGCUGCUCGCAUGCGAGAUCUAUCGAUUUUUAUAUCGAAGCCAUUGGAAAUCCGAAUUGUAAUUUCAUAGGAAAGGCAUGGUCAAAGGAAAAGGGAUAUAAAAAUAUAACGGAAUCAGGAUGCAGUGAAGACUUAAUGACAGUGGUCGGACCCUUGGCCGAAGAAUAUUCUGCGCGGGGAACAUUCUAUAUUGAGACUAAUAACGAAUCUCCUUACUGCACUGGGAAAUCGCCAACUUCCGAUGUUCCGGAAAUACCUGCCGAUGAUAAUUCCCUGGAUGAAAAUUUAUUUGACAGUCCAUUUUUCUGAAGAGAAAUAUAAUUUUAAAGCUACUGUCAAAUGGUGAUGCGAAAGCAAUGUAUCACAA